GGGCGCGGCCCCUUUAAGAGCGGCGCCGCCAUGAUCUGUCUGGUGCUGGGCAUCUUCGCCGGCCUCUUCCAGAGCGCCUUCAGCGGGGCCAGCGAACGCACCUUCGUGGCCAUCAAACCAGAUGGGGUCCAGCGGCACCUGGUCGGGGAGAUCAUCCGGCGGUUUGAGAGGAAGGGGCUGCAGCUGGUGGGGCUCAAGCUCCUGCAGGCCUCGGAGGAGCUGCUGAAGGAGCACUACAUCGCCCUUCGUGACCGCCCCUUCUACAGCCAGCUGGUGAAGUACAUGAGCUCUGGGCCCGUGGUGGCCAUGGUCUGGCAGGGCCUGGAUGUGGUCAAGACAGUUCGCACAAUGAUUGGGGAGACUAACCCAGCCAACUCCAGGCCUGGCACCAUCCGAGGAGACUUCUGCGUUGAAGUCAGCAAGAACGUGAUCCACGGCAGCGACUCGGUGGAGAGCGCCCGGCAGGAGAUCUCCCUCUGGUUCCGCCCGGAGGAGCUGACCUGCUGGGAGAACACGGCCGAGCACUGGAUCUACGCGUGAGCAGGAAGGGGAGCCCCAGGGGAAGUCCAUCUUCCUGACUGGGCACGGGACGUUUCCAUUCAUUUCAUUGCAGCCGCUGGGGCUGGAUGUGGAUCCUGCUGCGGCGUCGCGUGCUGGGGGGGUUUCUGUUCUGCGCGUGGGUGGAGGGGUCCCGGGAGCUGGUCUCUGCAACUCUCUGCUUCAGCUCCCACCAGCAGUAGCUGUUUCUUUUUCUUUUCUUUUUUUUCCCCCCCUUAAUCUCUCUGCCAUAGUAAGUAGUUGUAUUGUUGCUUAGUUUGCUGCAGCACCUGAAAUCCCAAGUAGCUCGAGGGGAUUUAUUGAAGUGAAAAGCGGGCCCUGUGCCCGGUCCUGGGUGUUCUCAGCCCUGCCUGGCACAGGAGAACGUGUGCUCCUCGCCGCUGGGAGAGGGGCUCUGGUCAGCACGAGGUGAUGCCAUGGAAAGAACCCACCUGCAUUUCUGUAAGGUUUGUCACCAAAGGCUUUUAGAUCAUUCAGCUGCUACAGGAUAAGGGGGAAAGUUUCCCCAUUCCAAGAUGAGGAAUGAAGGACAGGAGGAACUGCUUGCUCUCCCUUGGUGGUGUGAAAUGUGUUCACCUGAUUGGUGCCAGCACCUUUAACCGUUCUGUUUGUCCUUGUAUCACUGCUGUCCUAGGAGAAGCAGGACGAUGUGUCUGUAGUUUCUAUUUCUUGCAAAAACCCCCUAACGAA